UCUGUUUUCGCUGACCUUCAGAGUUUGGAAACGAUAAAAGUAGACAAAUUCAUUCACUGCUGCUAUGCUGAAAAAGCCAUAACUGGUGUGAAGUGUGAGUCCUUGGAAUCCAAUGAAUUCUCUAGCUGUGAUGACUUAAUGAAGAACACUGCCCUAAGAAUAUUCCUCUGGAUUCUUGGCUUAAGUGCACUGGUUGGCAACUUACUAGUCAUUUGCAAAAGGAUUUCCGGCAAAGAAAUGAGACAUAACACUAACUCUCUGUUGCUGACAAACCUUGCAAUUUCAGAUUUCUUAAUGGGAGUUUACCUGAUUACCAUCGCAUCAUUUGACGUCAAGUGGAAAGGAGAAUACUUCAAACAUGAUGUACAUUGGCGAUCAGGAGUUGGGUGUCGCAUAACGGGAAUGAUAUCGAUGCUUUCAAGCGUGGUAUCUGUAGCUUUUCUGGCUAUUGUUACGUAUGACCGACUUAUCUGCGUUGUUUUUCCAUUCACUGUCAAAAGGCUCAGUUGCAGAAAAGCUUUGUGUAUCUGUGCAUGCGUGUGGAUUGUUGGUCUGGUGACUUCAAUCAUCCCGAUCUUUGAUUUUGAUUAUUUCCUAAACGACGAAGACGAUUUCGGUUUUUACGGAAGAUCUUCGGUAUGUUUGCCUGUACAGCUUUCAUCAGACCUUCAAGCRGGAUGGGAAUACUCRGUGGGGCUYUUCCUUGCAUUUCCAUUCGUUGCCUUYAYRUUUAUGCUWAUUGCUUAUAUYGCAAUCAUAAAGACAGUACAGAAGUCAGCAAAUGCAGUYCGAUCAACKGCUGUCAACAGAGAAUCUUCUCUAUCAAAGAAAGUUGCAUUCAUCAUCCUUACUGACUUUCUUUGCUGGAUGCCUGUUAUUAUCAUCAGUUUUCUUUCUAUUACCGGCAUCUACAGCGACCCAUCUAAACAAAUGUAYGUAUGGAUUGCAGUAUUUGUUUUGCCAAUCAACUCGUCCAUCAAUCCUUUCCUUUAUACCUUCUCAACUAUCACCAGCACACAAAAAAGCCAAGGACCCCCAAAAAGGUUACCGAAAUCUACAGAGAACACUUCUGAACUUCAUAGCGCAAAAUCUGAGAUAAAGAAGAGGAUAAAGAUUUCCUACAGAAUACACCUGGUAGAAAAAGUUGACAUCCAAACAAACUUUGACGGAGUGGGUGCUUUCUUGGCCGAAGUAAAGUCACUUGAUUAUGAAGACCUCUUCCUUAUCAAGUACUUUAGUCAAACCAGGACGGAUGUUUUUAAGAAAGAGGUUGAUAUCCUGUCUCAGCUCAAAGAAUACAAGCAUGAGAGCGUCAUCGAAUUUCGAUGGAGUUGUUUGGCCAAUGAACAUAUGACAGAUGGAAAAUCAUUCAACGUAAUCGAAAUCAACAGUGCGUCUCUGAUUUGCUACGAAUACGUGCCAAACAAAGUUCUUGAGAAUUUCCUACAAGACGAAGAUGAAUUGUCAUCCAGUAUCUUGUGCUCGCUUUCCGUUGAUAUCAUCUCUGCCAUAGAAUUUCUACAGGAUUGUGGCUUCAGUAACAAUAGUAUCAAUGCUCGAUCCAUCAUUGUCCGUGAAGGAGAAUCUAAGGUUGUUCCUACAAGAGCUGUAUUGGUUGAUUUCUCAAGAGCAGGUAAGCUGAAAAUCUAUGACGAUGGAUUUUACGCAAAAACGGACAUCAUACAAUUUGGUCGUCUCCUGAAAAAAUUCCUGAAGGCUUGUACCGACUUGGCACGAUUUAAACAGGUAGACGAGGUCCUUUCACUCUGUGAUAAAGAAAGAACAGACACUACAGCGACYUUGAUCAAGAACCUUUUGAUGGAGCUGUCGGUAGAGCGCAUUUAGCACACACCAAUGAAAUGCGAAAAAAAAAAAUCAAAUUAUUGAUUAUCAGGACCAGGACAUUUGACGAUUAGGAAUUGUAUCCUGCGUGAAAUUCAAAUGACGUUUAUUUGGACACUCAGCUGCCAGAAAUCUUGUGUACUGGGAACAAAAAUAUAUUCUUAGAUAGCUUUUAAUUUUCUAGUAUCAAUGAAAAGUCGCAUCUAAGUCCUCGGACAUUAGUUAAGCAAAGUUCUUUUGGCUAAAAUUUCUUUGUAKUUUUUUUAUUCUUUGAAUUCUCUUAGAAUAGCACUUUUAAUUAAAAAAUCCGUUUGAUUUAAACUGAAUCCUAAGAUAAAUUAGAAUGGGUGCCACAUUAUGCAGCGAGAAGUUCUUACUACACCCAACAACCUCAGAAAUGAAAGUAAUAUCUCAAUAUAAUACAAGUGUAGCGUUUAAGAUAAUUGCUUGAAUUAGAGAAAAAAUAAACAACAAUGCUUGGUA